CUAAUUUCAAUUGGUUCGUUCAACAAAAGUAAUCAUACAUUUUUUAAUUGGCUUCUUAUUGAAAAAUGGCUUAUUCGAUUCUUGUAUUCAUUUUAUCGUCCACAUUUAUUUAUGCUAAUGAAAAUUACAAUUUAUAUAGUGAUUGCUCACAAGGUCCAAGUUAUUGGUGUAAAAAUUUAACCAACACUAAGAGAUGUGGGGCAUUGAAUCAUUGUGCAGAUUUAUGGAAUAAUCAGAAGAAUAUAGAAUCUAGCCCAAAUGAAGACUGUCAAUUUUGUAUGUUCCUUAUAAGUGAUGUGAAAGAAAUGGUGAAAAACUUUGCUGAUGAAGCUGAUAUUAGAAAAAAAAUUACUGAGUCAUGUGAAUUAAUCAAAAAUUUUGAUUUAUUCCAAAAGUGUAAAACUAUAGCAAAUGAAUUGUAUUAUUCACUUAUUGUGCUUCUUCACAAAGAUAUAUCUCCUUUUUGGAUAUGUGAUAGUAUCCAUCUUUGUAAUUCCACUAAAGAAUUUUCCUUAAUGAACACAUAUAAAUUGAGCAAUGAUGAAAUAUCUCAUUUUAAUCCAUUGGAUGAAAUUCACACAGAAGAUAUAUCUAUUAUCAGUUUAUUUAAUGAUAAACUUGAUAAAAUAAUAUUGGGGGGUUCCGAGGAUGUGGAUAAUAAUGAGCAAAAUUUGAAAGGUGAUCCAGAAAGCCUUACAAUUGAUUCCACCAUCCAUGAACACCAUAAUGCAUUGAAUAACCCAUGGGCUACAUUAAUUGCUAGUUCAGUUUAUCAAAAUAUCGCAGAAGAUGAGAAUCUUUUGGCCUUUAUUUUUACAGACAUUCACAAAAAUGUCAUUCAAGCUGGUGUACAGGAUGAUAGUUUAUGUGAAAUGUGUCGAAAAGGAACUAGAGGUUUAGAUCGGUUGCUCCAGGAAAAGUCGUUUCAAGAGGAUUUGAUCAAAUACAUUGACGGUUUUUGUAUGGCGAUCCCUAGUAUAGAGGAAAAGAUUAUGUGCAAAGAAGGUAUGAAAAAAGUUAUACCAGAUAUAUUGAAAAUGAUUGACGGCAUGCUUAAAGCAUCCAAUAUUUGCGUUAAAGCACAGAUUUGUACACCUCAGUUGAUGUUUAAUAUGGGGAAAAAGGGAAUAAAUCGCACUAAUCUAUGUAACGAUUGCAAAAAAGUUAUUGAUCAAGUCAGAGGGUUUAUCUCCAAGACUCAGGAUAAUGUAAUGGAUAGUGCUAAGCAUGUGUGUCAAGCAUUCCCCGUUAAAGUUCAAGAAAAAUGUUCUUCUAUAGUCAGGAACUACAUUCCAGCUGUUUAUGAGUACAUCAACAUGUUGAUAGACCCAGUACAGAUGUGCCAAGCUUUUGGCAUAUGUUCGUCAUCUGGCGAUAAUGUUAAACCCGUUAACGAAAUGAAAAUGAGCGAUGCUAUGGAAUUAGCCAAGAGUUUUUUGAUACAAGGAACCCCUCUUUUUAGUCCGUUCAUUCAUAAAGUGAACACGUUUGCCGAGAAGGAAGAAAUCCAAAACAACGAAAUUGUGUGGAAGGAUUUGCUUAGAUUUGCCAGAGUCGAAUCUAACAGUGUGAAAUCUGGCGAAGAUUUUUAUAAAGCUGUCAAAAUAAGUGACUUGCCUGGUGGCUUAGAACCCAACUCAGUCGAGUGUAAAAUAUGUGAGCAAGUGGUGACCGUAUUGCUGGAGAAGUUGGGAAAUAACAGGACCAGGGAAAACAUACGACAUUGGCUCGACAAGAUAUGCUCAGUAAUGCCAUCUACUUUGGGCAAGGAUUGCCGCGCAUUUGUUGACAUGUAUUCUGAGACGCUUAUGAUAUUGCUACAAAAUAAUAUGAACUCGAGCCAGAUAUGCCAAGCCUUCGAUUUUUGCCAAAUUCCUAACCCCCCUCCCGUUCUUUCCGAAAAUGCAUCUUAUCACAUUUUAGAUAUGGAUUCGCCUACUGUUUAUGCAGCUCCUGUCCGAAAUUUUGAUUAUUGCCCUGUUUGUCACAUAGCUGUAGCUUGGUUAUCUCAAAAGAUUGGUAAAAAUUCCACCGAUGAACAGAUUAUGGAAAUGGCCAAAAGGUUUUGCUCAGAACUACCUGGAAAAUGGAACAAAGAGUGCUUAGAUUAUUUAGACAUGUACGGAGUUCAGGCACUUAAGCUAAUCAGUGAAUACAUGGAUCCGGAAGUGGUUUGCCAGCAAUUGGGAAUGUGCCAGAGCAAAAGAAUCGAUAUAUUAUAUACGCAAGCUGAUAUAGACAAUCAAAACAAGAUGGCUAAAUUUCAUUUAUCGAGUCAGAAAUCAGAAACAAAGAGGCAAUUGGCGGGCUCUAAUGUAUGCACUAGGGGACCUGGUUACUGGUGUCAAAACAUGCAGACCGCUAAAGAAUGUGACGCUAUCAAAUAUUGUCAAGAGCGUGGUUGGUCUACGGAGUAGUGUACGAGAAAAAAAAUAUUCAUUCACUUUUUUAUCAAAUUUUCGCCAAUUUAGUCUUUUAUUUAAAACUAUUUAAUAAUUAUAUUAAUAAAUCCCUUUCUUAAUUUUUUUUUAAAUAAAAAAAAUAUAAUAAUUUAUAACACCAAUUUUGAGAAAUGGUUACAUUUAUCAUAUUUUUAUAUUUAAUACACAUUAAAAAAAAAUAUAUAAUUUAAUAAUAAUAUAUAGUUUUUUUUACUUAUAAAUUAUAAUGUUAACCUUACUUUUUAUAGUUUUUAAAAUU